UUGUAAAAAAAAAUUGAGAAUUUCUAACGAUUAAGUUUAAAGCUACGCGUGUUAAAGAGUUUCUCUAUAGUUAAAAACGAAUAUUAACUCAAAUAUAUUAUAGUUCCAACUAAGGAUCAUCGACAAUUAUGAUCAGUUUUAUUAUACGACAAUAUGUUAUAAUGGGUGACCUCGAUUUAAAAUAACUUUUACUAGAAAAGUUUUUUUGUUAUAUUUCUCUGCUUAUUCGAUCAUAAAACGACAUUCGAAAGUAACAAACUAAGAGAGUAAUUUUUCCAUAUUUAUUAUAAUCUAAUCGAAAUAAUAACAAAUAAAAAAUUGUAACACUUCUUCAUUGUUUUGUGUAUUUCGUUAUGGGGAUUAUGUCGCAACGCAAUCUGCAAGUGAUCUAACGAAAAGGUCGUAUGCUGAACCCACGUGUUUCUACAGCUAACAAUAAAGGUUGGCUCAUGCGCGAAGACCCUGGGAUACAUUUGCUCUCUGAGAGAGUUACCUUCGAUUAUAACGGGACUUUCACAUUGAGUGGAAGGGUCGUGUUUUCGUCAGAGGCAAGUGAGGUCAGCUGAUCACUAUUAUGAAAAGUUCACCGAUUCAUAGAACUUAAAUAUUGAGAAUUUUGCUAUAACAGUGUAACACGCUCGUCUUCUUGUUAAAACACUCAAGGAAAUGACAAAGAAAUUUCAAUGCUUAAAUUAUAAGUAUUUUUAUUUUCUUCUUUUUUAUUCGUGUUUUUCCAUUGUUCGCUUUUGCAUGCUGACAUUUAUAGCGGCAAACGACAUAGACGGUAAGAGGAAAACGCGAGAUGAUAUCUGUCUCUCAUUGCCAAGAUCGUUUUGCCGCGUGAAUACAAGUCGCGUCAAUGAUGUGAACAGGAUUUAACGCGAGUCGAAGGUACGCUUAUCCGGCGCUGUUCUCUGUUGUCCCUUUCACUACAAGUCGGUUGCGUGGGAGGCUUGUUCAGGAUUUCGUAGCAAAUUCAACGAGGACUAGUCUUCAUAGUUCAGUCGUCAUUCAAGUAGUGCGCGCGAGUGAUCGCUUAUCAAAUCGCGAGCUAACACAAUACAAUUCGAUAUUCGAUAGUUCUCUUAAAGUUGUUUAAAUCAGAAGUAUUGUGAUCGGUAUUACCAUCAGUGCACAUUGACAGAGCAAGAGAGAAAGAGCAAGGAAUGCUUUACAAUUUGGAUGAGGUCUAUACUUCUACAACAUUGUGACGAAUACUUAUGAAAGUGUAAGCGUUUUAAUGAUGUAAAUGAGAGAGAGAGAGAGACAAUGGACUGUGUGAACUGCAUAAAUUAAAUUUAUCUUGAACAAAUGUGCCGGACGUUGUACUUAAACACUUUUAAGUACAUUGUGCUUAAACACUUUACUUAAUUUAUUGCUAUCAAGUGUACUUACAACUUAAGAAGACAAUGACGGAGAACGUGUACGUCAUCAAAGUGAAAACAAAACCGCCGUUGUCAUCUUUGUAUCCGUCGGAGCGUCGUUACUCAGCGUCGACGGUCGGCGGUCUGUCCUUGGUCCACUUUGGCCUCGGAGCGCUGUCCCUUCUUCUGGGCACCCUCGCCUUGUCCCUGCAGGGCCCGAUUUUGUCUGUUGCGUGUCUGGUGCCGUUCGUGACAGGUCUCCUCGCUUGGCGACGUUGGUACAUCGACCGGAACAUUGCCAUUUUCUUCUACGGCAGCCUCUUCUCGCUAGUUGCCGCGAUCCUCUGCCUCGUCGUUACGAUCUUUGACGUUGCGGCGGCUUCCAACAGCACCAGUGGAUCCCUGUGGUCGUUGGAGAAAAUUCUCAAUGCUCCGCGUUACUCCCUUCAUCCUGCCAAGGACUUUAUAAAUGAUACUCACGUGAAUGAUAUUACGUCGACCGAAAGUAAUUCAUUCGAUGUUACUGAAGAUUACGAUUUGCUGAAGGUUAAUGACUCCAGUAAAGCGCCAGUUACUUUAAAAUCCAUCAGCACCGAAUUAAAUGUAUCGAACUUCCAUGUUGAUGGUAAAAAUAGUAAUCAUGAUGAUCUCACGAUGACCGAAGCAUCGUUUAUGUUUGAAGAAAAGAUGAUAAUAUCGAGAGAAAUUUUUCAGAAUAAAGGCACAACAAACAUUACGCAAGGCUCAAUGAAUUUGUCGAAAGAACAAAGUAAGACCUUCUGGCGCACCCAUUACGAAGACUCGUCGCAUACUAAAAUGCUGCUGACCUUAAACAUCCUGAUGGCUUCUCUGCUGGAGACCUUCUGGUCCCUGCUCAGCGUGAAGAUUGCGUUUUGCGGAAUGAUGAACCAACUGCCGGAGAACGGUAAUGCCAUCGCCAAAUUGAAAACGACGAGAUUACCGCUGCAAAAGAGAAAAUCCCCGGCACCUAAGCCAGACAUCUUGGAUCACGAGCGCCGGUUGUCAGAGGCUCUUCAAAAUUUGCAAGGCCUUACUGGUAUCGGGCCGCGGCUACCUUUAUCGGAAUCCAACAGAGAAUUUAGGGAAAGAGUCGAGAGAUUCUUGGCGAAUCAGGCAACGCAUAGAAUUGUUGAAGGUGCUUGAUGCCGAAUCGUGAAAUUCUAAAUAUGGACUCAAAUUUUGAUAGGUUUCUUUUUUUAUAGAAAUUUUAGAAUAUUUGCAACAUUCCUUGUGCUCGUCUUUUUCUCUUCGUCGUCGUUUUAAUUUAAUACUUUAAAAUCUGAAAAUAUUUAAUGAUAUUUUUCCUAAAGUUAUUAAUUUAAGGUAAAUAUAAUAACAAUGUACCGAUCUCAGUUUUUUAUACAAUAUAU